AUGGGUUCCAACCUCGACAAUGUUGCCAACUUGUCGCCCGACGACCCGCCACCCAAGACGUCCUUCUUCUCGCGCCUCGCAUCCCCCCUUCGCUCCCGAACCCGCAACCUCGCCGAUUUCCAUGUCCGACUGCAGGAACCUCACCGUCAGUACUCGGCCGGCGACCACGUCAAGGGCUCCGUUGUCCUCUACGUCGUGAAGCCGUUUCGCAUAACCCAUCUGACCGUCGCCUUACACGGAUACGUCCGCGUCUACAAGAAUGCCGCCUCUGGCGCCCAGCUCGCCGCCGUCAACCCUGCCGUGGUAUCACAUGAUGGAAAUCGCGAUUUCAAAUACCAUGGCAAUGGGCACGCGUCCCUAUUUCAGGAUGAACAGGUCUUGUGUGGGGAGGGAAGACUCAAGCCCACGAGGUUCGAAUUCGAAUUUGAUCUUAUCUUUCCGUGCAAAGAGCUCCCUAGUAGUAUCGACUUCGAAAGAGGUACAAUAUCGUACAUGGUCACUGCCACCUUGACGCGCCCAACUUCAAUAUCGCCGACUUCGAGCUGCGAGACGAAAGUCGCCCUCAUCGAAAGGGUCGAUAUAGGCUUACUUUCUCCACCGAGAGAACGUAAGGUCACUAUGCAGACCAUGCGCAAGAAGCCGAAGAGGAGGAAAACUGCAACAUCGACGGCGGCUCUUUCUGCGAAGCGCUGUCCGACAAAUACGGAAACAUCAGAACCUGCUUCAGACCGAGACUCGAUGAGGGCGCAGGAGACCUCAAACGGGAGCUCUGUGAAUGUCGGCGAGACUGUAGCGACUGGUCCUGGUGGGAUGGCUAUGCCGCGCACUCCAGUGCCGAUCGAUUUACAGAGUGAGAUCAGUGGGGAGAGCGCUGUCAGCAACAACAGCGGCUCUAACAGUGGGAGAGGCGCUGAUGCCAGUGGCGAGUCGGUUGCUGCAAGUAAAGCCUCUGGGCACGAUGAUAGGGAAAUCACCGCAACCGUUGAGCUCACGAAGGGGGGUUGUCUACCUGGGGACUUGCUGCCGGUGAAAAUCAGAGUCGAGCACAAUCGCUACAUGAAGAGCAUGCAUGGCAUCAUCGUCACAUUGUACCGGCAGGGCCGUGUCGAUUACGCUCCGCCGAUAUCACUAUUCUCUGACCUUUCCAAAGAAGAUGCCAAGCGGAUGGAGCGGGAAGAAUACUAUCCCAAGUCGAGGACUGGUCUGGGUGGACUGUCGUUGUCGUCUGCCGGCUCUUGCAGUGUAUUUCGAAAGGACCUCUCGCAAGCAGUCGCUCCCCUUAUCGUCGAUCCUGCCACCCUCACAGCGAACAUUACAACUUCGAUUAGAGUGCCAGAGGAUGUGUUUCCCAGCAUCAAGGGCGUCCCUGGUGGUCUCAUCAGCUUCAAAUACCAUGUUGAGGUUGUCGUUGACCUCGGGGGAAGACUCGCUGGUCCCUCGGCAGGCACUUCACAACAACCCACCCGGAUGGGCUCUGUCAGCCAUCCCGCUACAAUAGGUGGCGCAUACCGGCUCGACUUGAACCGGCUUGCGAAUUGGAAUGGCACAAUAGUCGACACCGAUCAUUUGAGGCGCGAGAAAGGAGUUAUUUCGGUAUCAUUUGAAAUCAUCGUUGGCACCGUGGACAACACACGAUCACACGGGAAGGCGGUGAUCCGGCCAUCCCUAACGGUGCAACCUCCCUCCCAGGAUGUUCCCAUUGAGGGCGAUCUGGACUACCAGUGGGAGAACGGCUACAACGGUGAUCAUGACUACAGCGAAGAUCACGACGCGGGCCAGAUCCAUCAAACUCCACGGGGCUACUUUCCACCGCCCAUUUCACCUCACACACCCUACUACGAUUACCAAGACCAUGAGCCUCAAAUCCCAGUUUACAUCCCACCGCCAGAGUUACCUCGAGAAACUGAGCUCACAGAAAAGGAACGCCUGCGGCAAGCAGAACAGAGGUUAUUGCCAAGUCGGCCCCUUCAACAGUCCUCUGAGCCAGAAGCUGGGCCAUCUCAACCAUCAGCUCCAGACGACGCACCACAGAUGCAGAUAGAUGGAAAUCUGCAGACCAACAGUCCUAUACUACGGUCAACAGCCGACGAUAAUGCCGGGGAGGGGCCCUCGGCACCGACACUAGCAGACUUCGGGCAGUCCCCAUCUUCAAGCUCCCACGCCGACGACAAGCAAGAAGUGGAGCGUCGUCGACUGAUGAUUGAAGCAAGCGCCCCUCCCGAGAUCCCAGAGGACUACAACGAAGCGGCGGCCUCAGCUCCCGGUCCAGACAUCGCGGGGCCGUCAUCGAGGUCGAGGCCUGAGGAGCCUUCUGCGCCAGUCCUUAACGAAGACGAUGGGUACGGAACCCGGGAUCCCUACCACGGAAUACCCGGGCCCUCGGCCCCAGCAGGCGGUCAUGAGCCUUUACCGAAAUACGAGCGUUGA